CUGGUGGGGAAGCCGAGGGUUGUCUGGUGGGGUACCAUUCCAGAAAGCCGCCGUAACCAAAGAAUGUUCAGUCGGUUUUUGGUCCCCGCUCUCAGUACAAAGGUUCCAAAAGACCAAGUACCAACAAGCAACUUACACGCCGGGACUCAACAGGCUAGAGACACGACCGACGAAGAAAAAGUUCCGUUGCUAUUAACGUGCCGGUUUGUCCUCUCCGACUCGCUGAAUUUUCUCUUUUGAACCAGCAAUGAUCCCCGUUCUGAAAAAGUUGACCGGGCUGUACAGCUGGUACGUGCUGGUCAUCCUUACUCUGGGAUACCUCACUGCGGAAUUGGGCCAUUUCCUCAUAGGGGUGACAAGCAAGGCGACAGCAACUGAUCUGCGAUAUGGCGAUAUCGUCUGCCAGCACAAUUUCACCGAGGAGCAGUACAAUUUCACGCUGGCCGAUAAUUGCAACGCCGCCCUGAACGAGUCCUCUUGUUUAGCUCUGGAAUUGGAAGAUGGGCAGAAGUACUGCGAGUGGGGUAGGAAUGGACUCGGUAUUGAGUAUCAGAUUGUUGCUGGGCCAAGUUUCAUUGCCGUGUACACCAUUGCUGGUGUAUUUUUAGGCAUUGCUGCAGACAAAUACAGAAGAAUACCAAUGAUAGCUAUCAGUGUUUUAGUCUGUGGGAUAUCAGUAUUAUUAAUAGGUGCUUCUCAAGAGUAUUGGCAGUUGAUCAUUCUAAGAAUGAUAUUCGCUGCAGGGGAAGCUGCAUUGAAUCCUAUGUCAACUGGUGUAUUAUCUGAUAUUUUCCCUGAGAAUUUGAGAGGGCUCGUAAUGUCCAUAUUCAACUGGGGUAUCUAUGGAGGAAUUGGUCUGACUUAUCCGAUAGGAAGAUACAUUACAAACCUUAAUGCUUGGGAUCUAGGUUGGAGGGUUUCCUACUACGGAAGUGGUAUCUUUGCUAUCAUUAUUGGUUUUCUUAGCUCCACUACUUUGAAAGAACCAGCGAGAACUGCCAUUGGAGAAGAACAAGAAGAAAACAAGACUGAAACGAAACAAGGGGAAAAGGUUAAAAAAGAAAAUCCAUGGAAAGUUAUGCUUCAACCGAGAUUCAUCAUGCUCUGCAUAGCUGCCUCGAUCAGACAUACUGGUGGUUUAUGUUUUGCAUACAACAGUGACCAGUUUUAUCGAUUUGUCUUUCCACACAUCAAUCUUGGAAAUUGGCUGUUUUUUGUCACAUUUGUGAUUGGUGGUAUUGGUGUGCUGGUUGGAGGCUAUGUAUCUGACAAAAUUGUAGCAAACAUGGGAAUAAAAUCUCGGGUAGCUGUACUUGCUAUAAGUCAGCUGAUAUCAACACCUUUUGCAUUUGGUAGUAUUUACAUGGGUCCAACUGGUGCAAUGAUUACACUGGCAAUCUCAUACCUUUUUGCUGAAAUGUGGUUCGGUAUUCUUUUUGCUGUACUUGUUGAAAUCGUACCAUUAGCUGUUAGAUCGACAACAGUUGGUGUAUUUUUGUUUGUGAUGAACAACAUCGGAGGAAAUUUGCCAAUCCUCAUGGAACCCAUUCGUAAGCUUACUUCAUUCCAGGAUGCUUUAGCCAUAUUUUAUGCUGGCGCAUAUCUUAUAAGCUCAGUGCUGUUUGCUAUUACUGCAAUGAUGAUGGAUCCUAAGAAGGACAAAAAUGCACCAGAUUCACAAAAUAUGGCAGGUGUAGACAACAAAGCUUUCGCAAACACUGAAUUAGGCAAUCAACCUCAGGUUAACAAAAUUACAGAAAGUAAUUAUUUGUAAUAUGAAAUUUUUGCUUAGCUCAAUGAAAAGUAUUAUUUGUUAUGCAUUGAUAACAAAUAACAAAGGCUGUGUCAAGAAUAUGAUUUUUUAAAGCGUUUUUAACUAUUACUAUUUUAGUCAUAUAAAUAAAAAUGAUCGUCGAAAAAGAUCAUUAUUAAUUAUAAUUUAUAAUACACCUUAAUAAAAGUGCUAAUAGCUCGAAGGCCAUUUCUCCUAUUUCACGACCAUGAGUCAAAGGAUGUAGAGAACUGUUACAUUUAUUAGAAAUAAAUGGAAGCGCAAUUUGCCUUGUAGCCAUUGCGCUAUUUAUGUAAAAUUGGUAUAGCCAAAAAAAAUUAAUGCUUUUUUUCUUACAUAAAAAGUUUAAAAAGCAUUGUACAU